AUGUCACUCACUACGCGCCUCUCAUUCCUCUUCCUCGCCCUUAUCGCCCUCACAAUCUCAGCCUUAGCCGCCGACACCAUCCUCCCCGCAGCAGCCUCCAGCAAAUUCCCGCAAUGCGGCCUGACUUGCACCACCCUGACAAGUGCGCAGACCUCCUGUGAAUCAGGCGAAGCCUCCACCUGGACCUCAUGCUUCUGCCAGUCAUCCCUACUCACCGGCCUCAAAACCUCCGGCAGCAUCUGCCCCUCUUGCAGCGCCGCAGACCAAACCACUCUCUCAACCUGGUACGUCGACUACUGCAACUCCGGCGGCAAGGAUACCGGCACUGCCACCACAACAACCAAGUCCUCAACCGACGCAACCUCUACUUCGACUUCCACCUCCAGCGCAACCACAAACACAACCUCCACAGCGGAUACGAAGAAGUCAUGGUGGAGUACCCACUACCGCUGGAUCAUCAUGCUCAUCGUGCUGGUCAUCGGGUUUAGCACCAUCGCCGUACUCGGCGUAUGGUUCAAGCGCCGCUACGAUGCUAAACGGCCUAAUCUCUACCACGGCGGCGGCAGCAGCUUUUUGACUGCUGCUUCCCCGCCCGGUCCGCGCGAUGCCGCCUGGGCUGUGCCGGUGCCGGUGCAGACCAACGCCCUUGGCGCCGACUCCUUGGCUAGUAGCUCGCGCUCUACGAUGGCGAAGACUAGCACCCCGGUGCCUGGGGCCCGCACGCGAUUGACAAAGGUCGAGCAGAGCUCUGGGGAUUUGGAGAUUCGGCAGGUUUAA